AUGUCAAUGGAAGACAAUCUUCAUCAAACCUCUUGCCAAUGCGGUUUCCCAAUCCAACCAAACUCAACAAGCAUCUGCGUCAAAUGCAUGCAAUCAAAAACCGAUAUCACAUUAGGGUUACCCAACAAAAUCAAACUAGUACGUUGCUCUCAAUGUAAUUUCUACUUACACCUCCCUAAAAUCUGGGUCAAACUACAACCACAAUCAAUAUUGAUUCAAUCCUUUUGCUUGACAAAGUUAAAAGCCAACAUCAAUUCCAAUCAAGUGAGAUUGCUCCGUGCUAAAUCCGUUUCAUCUGAAUCCAAUUCAAAGAGUAUCAAAACUAGGGUUUAUGUUGAGAAAGAGAUUAUCAAUGGAGAAACUCUUCAACAAUCUUAUGUUGUUGAGUAUGUUCUAGACAACCGCAUAUGUGACCCAUGUAGUAGGGUUCAGGCUAAUCCUAGUCAAUGGGUUUAUGCUGUCCAAUUAGGAAAACAUGGUUCUCAUGCACGUAGCUUUUUGUAUUUGGAACAUAUUAUUUUGAAGAAUGGUGUUACUGCUAAUGCUGUGAGAAUCCAGAAGAUGAAACAAGGUACUGAAUUCGCUUUCGCUAAAGAAGUUUGUGCUAGGAAGCUAGUUGAUUUUAUCAAGAGACAAGUAUCGGUGUGGAUUUGUGAGAGUAAGAGACUUGUUUCUCAUGAUAACAAGAGUAGUUAUUACUGUUUACAAUACACUUUCUUCGUUCAGGUUUGUUCAAUUUGUUGUGAGGAUUUGAUUUUUCUGCCUCCUAUUGUUGCUUCCAGUUUUGGAAAUAUCGGUCCUAUUAUGAUUUGUACCGAAAUUUCCAACAUUAUUACUUUGUUUGAUCCAUUAACCUUGAGACACUGUUUCUUAGACGGUGAUACGUAUUGGAGGGAACCCUUCAAGUCGAUACUCACUAGCAAAGAUUUAGUGGAAUAUGUCGUACUCAAUGUCCAUGAGGUUUAUUUCGAGUUUACUAUUAAUAGCAAGAAAUUCGGUUUAGCUAAUGCUGAGGUUGCUCGUGUGAAAGAUUUGGGAAAGAAUGGCAUGAGAUUUAAUAUCAAGACUCAUCUCGGUCAUCUUUUGAAAACGGGUGACCAUGCUCUUGGUUAUGACUUGUGGGAGGCUAAUUGUAGUGAUAGUGAGAUUGGAUUGAAGGAGCACAUAGGAGACGGUGUGAUUUUAAUCAAGAAGAGAUCUGAAGAGAAACUUUACCAGAAGAGACGUGCAGUGCAUCAGUCAUGCUUAAAAGAUUUAGAAGAAAUCACUAAUGAGGUGCAUGACAUGUCGCUAGGCGGCGAAGAACCAACUUUGGAAGAGAAGCUGGGUGAUCUUAAUCUAAGUGGUGAGAAAUAUAAGGAGAAGAAGAAGGCGAGGAGGAUGGCAUGA